CUGCUGCCCUCUGGCGGCAGAGCGGAGGAGCUGCACCGGAGCUGGGUAACCUCCUCCCCGGCCACCGCCGCUCUGUGUUUGUGUAUGUGGAAUGCGGGUCAAGCGGAACUCACGGCAAAAACUGCGCUACACUUCAAACUCAAACACUGGCUUGCAUCGAUCCGACGUGCUCCUGUCCUCACGCCGGAGCUACACGAACUGACGACCAUGAAAAGAAACAGGCACCCCAGCAGCAGCGAUGACUCGGACAAUGGAAGUAGUUCGACAUGCUGGUCUCAACACUCGCACCACAGAAGGGGAACGGGACACAAGCCCUCGGAGGUUUUCAGGACAGACUUGAUCACAGCCAUGAAGUUGCACGACUCGUAUCAGCUGAAUCCCGAGGACUACUACGUCCUCGCCGAUGCGUGGCGGCAGGAGUGGGAGAAAGGCGUCCAGGUUCCCGUCAGCCCUCAGUCCAUCCCACAGCCUGUGGCCAGAGAACUGGCCGAGAAGGGAAAGGAGGUCAUGUUCGUCCGGCCAAAGAAGUUGAUCCGCACCUCGGGCGCCGAGGUGCUGGGCUACGUGGACAUCCGGACGCUGGCCGAGGGGAUGUGCCGCUACGACCUGAGCGAGGAGGACGUGUCCUGGCUGCAGGUCAUAAACCAGGAGUUUGCGGAGAUGGCCCUGCCGCCGCUGGACGAGAUCACCAUGGAGCGGGUGAUGGAGGAGCUGGAGCGCUGCUGCCACGAGAACAUGUCGCACGCCGUGGAGACGGAGGAGGGGCUGGGCAUCGAGUACGACGAGGACGUGGUGUGCGACGUGUGCCAGUCGCCCGACGGCGAGGACAACAACGAGAUGGUGUUCUGCGACAAGUGCAACAUCUGCGUCCACCAGGCGUGCUACGGCAUCCAGAAAGUCCCCAAAGGCAGCUGGCUGUGUCGGAUCUGCGCGCUGGGGAUCCUGCCCAAGUGCCAGCUGUGUCCCAAGAAGGGCGGCGCCAUGAAGCCAACCAGGAGCGGAACCAAGUGGGUCCACGUCAGCUGUGCCUUGUGGAUUCCAGAGGUGAGCAUCGGGAAUCCAGAGAAGAUGGAGCCAAUCACCAACGUGUCCCACAUCCCCAGCAACAGAUGGGCCCUAAUCUGCUGCCUGUGCAAAGAGAAGACGGGGGCCUGUAUACAGUGCUCGGCCAAAAACUGCCGGACGGCUUUCCACGUGACCUGCGGCCUCCACGCCAGCCUGGAGAUGAACACCAUCCUCACCGAGGACGACGAGGUGAAGUUCAAGUCCUACUGCCCCAAACACUCGGGGCUGGAGGGCGGCGAGCCCAAAGACCGGGACUCGGGAGACGAGGAGGAGGAGGAGCAGCGGGAGAAGGAGAGGGAGGGCGCCAGGGACAGGAAGGGGAGGAGGCGGGGCCGGGUGAGAGGGGAGGACGGCGCCGCCGGCCUCUCCCCGCCGCCAUACGCCGACCGCCCCCCCGCCCUCAGCCGGGAGGAGCUGAGCAGCCGCCAGCAGGAGAAGCGGGUCAGCCUGCGCAAGCUGAAGCUGCAGGAGAUGGAGGAGGAGUUCUACCAGUUCGUGGCGGUAGAGGAGGUGGCCGGCAGCCUGAAGCUGGCGCCCGAGGUGGUGGACUUCCUCUACCAGUACUGGAAGCUCAAGCGCAAGGCCAACUUCAACCAGCCGCUGCUCACCCCCAAGAAGGACGAGGAGGAGAGCCUGGCCCGCCGCGAGCAGGAGGUGCUGCUGCGCCGCCUGCAGCUCUUCACCCACCUGCGCCAGGACCUGGAGAGGGUCCGGAACCUGACCUACAUGGUGACCCGGCGGGAGAAGAUGAAGCGCUCGCUGUGGAGGGUCCAGGAGCAAAUCUUCCAGCACCAGGUGCGGCUGCUGGACCACCAGCUGCAGAGCGGCGACCCGUCGGCGAAGGAGCUGGAGCGGCUGCUCUGGCCGGGCUGGCCAUCUUCUCAGGGCUCCCAGUUCGGCCCGGCGUGGGGCCGCACGGGACUGAAAACCAAAAGAGGCCCGCAGAGGCGGGACCGGCGGAAGAGCGGCGACGGGCGGAGCCCGUGCGACCGCAGGGACAAUCACGGCAAGGCGCCGGAGGCCAGGGAGGGCCGGGGCCCCCGGCCGGCGGGGGCCGAAGCCGACCAGGGAGCGCCGUCUACAAAGCCCCACAAGCCAGAGGCCACUCAGGAAACGGUCAAGCCGCACAAGGCCGAGGGCAGGAAGGGCCCGAGGAGGGAGGAGCAGGAGCAGGAGCAGGAGCAGGAGCAGGAGGAGGAGGAGAGAGGGAGGAAGAGGAGGGGCGAGGCCAGCCCCCCCUGCCAGGCCAGGAGCAGGUUCGGGCCCAAGCACCUGGAGAAGACGGUGUCCAUCCGGCUCGUGGACAUCCGGAACUCGGACUCAGAGGAGUACUUUAGGGACGAUGGCCUGGUGAGGCGGGGCCCCGUGUCUCCGCCCGCCCCGGAGGCGCCCGCCGCCCUCAGAGCCAACGGCUGGCCCCGGAGGGCCCCCAACGGAGCGGCGGGGGCCAACCUGAAGAGCUGGGGCAAGUUCCGGAUCCCCAAGCGGAGCGAGAAGCCCCCGAACGCACCGCCGCCGGAGCCGCCGCGCAAGCCCCUGCUGCGGCCGCUGACCAACACGCCCGAGCCGUCCUACCCCAGGACGCGGCUCCGCACCGGCGCCGAGAACGAGGGCUACCCGGAGCCCAACGCCGGCGAGGGGGAGGCGGAGCCCUGCGCCAAGCGCUGCCACUCCCACGAGCUGCGCGGCGAGGCGGCGCUGGGCCGCCGCUACGGAUCCGACAUCAUCCGCCGCGGCGUGCUGGCCUCCUGACGGCGCCGCGAACCCUUCCAAUAAGCUGCACUGCGUCCGGUCGGAAAAGAACGACAGUCUUGCAUCUUUGUACUUUUUUCUUUUUUCUCU